CAUUAUUGUAGGCGCCCAGGCCAUUUCACUCGCGACUGUCGCACGCGUAUGAGAGAUAUGGAUCAGCAAGCCAGACAGGCUGGCGGGAACCAAGCGUCUACGUCUGCAUCAGCCCCGGGACCGUCGGCAUCGGGUGCUAUUGUUCCUUAUCAAGCCCUGUCGAACGACGUGAGGAAUGACCAAACACAUGGAAGUAGUGGAGGUGGUUACAAUGGAGGUUAUGGAGGCAGAUAUGGAGGUUCUGGCGGGUAUGGAAAUUACCGACGACCGUGGUAUUCGCAACCGAGUGAUAAGAACGACAAGGUAGACAAGAUGCGGAGUUGGAUGUCUGAGGAGAUCCAAGAAAGACAGCGAUUGAAAAGGGAGAAGGAGGAAUGCAAGAGGAAGGAGAAGGAGGAUAAACGAAAGAAAGAGGCGGAAGGAAAGCGACUUGCUGAGAUCAAGGACAAGGAGGAUUUCAAGGCGAGCAUCGGGAAGAUGGUUGAGACGCGAAUGCGUAGUGUGUGUGAGGAGGUAUUAGGCAUGAAGACGGUUCAAGGGGAACAACCUGCUAUCGUUAUGGCUGCCCAAAUCAGAAGACGAGCUGAUGUUGAUAGUCAAAAGGCCUUGGAAACGGAUGCGUUGCAAUCGAAAGAAGAGGAAAUUGCACGACUGAAGAAGGCGGUAGCUGACUUGCAGAGACUUUCAUGUCAAUCUCAGGUCACUCCACAAGAGCAAGAGUUGGCUGCUUUGCGGACGGACAACCAGCACCUGAUCCAGGAUGUCAUUGCCCUGAAAGAGCAGUUCGGAGAGCUUGUUAAGGUAACCAAGCCGAGUGUGAAUAUGGCGGGUGGGGCUUCUGCACCUGCAAAAGAAAAAGGCAAAGCUAUAUGCACUCCCACUGCAGGUGACUAUAUCAAGCUAUCUGACGCAUACAGGAGAUUAAGCGAUGAUAAGGAUAUGGCGGAGAGGGAGGUCCAAGCAUUGAAAGAAAGGAUUAACAGGAUUGGGUCAACUUCGGGUACUCCUACAAGGGUGAAAAGGAAGAGGAUUUCGCGGAAAAGCAUCUCGCCGCCUUCGAAUCUGCGUAUCAGACUGAGUAAGGUUGCGAGUCCAGUUAAGAUGGGGGAGAGAAAGCAUGAGGAUGUGAAGUUUGUUAAGCUGAAGAAUGAAACACGAGAGGAAUCGGAUUUCAACAAAAGGGUGUGUACUGAACUGUCCAAGUUGAAGAAGAAGGAAAUUGAGAAGUUGUGUGCUAUAGAGAAUUUGGAGUAUGUUACUGUUAAGUCAUCGGCGGCUGCUAUCGCUGAUGUCUACACGGAUGGAGCUUUCAGGAAGGUAAGUGAUAAUACUGAAAAAAACGAGGAUCUAAAGAGUCCGAGGAUUUGGCUGGUAGUAGUGGAAAGGACGGUGAUGAGGAGGACACGGAUGGUGGUUGUUAGGAUCUGUCACCGAGCGUCGGUCAACUAAGCAAUCUGGCCUUAGCAUGUAGAGAUGCACGCGAGAAUCC